AUGGCGACAGACAAUAAUUUAAAUCAUAACAGUAAAGAAAAUAAUAGAGGCGAGCAAAUGUCAGAGAAUACAUCGUCUGAAUAUUUAAGAAAAUUAGAAGAAUAUUUAACUGAACUGAAAAUAACUAAAUUUGAUUGUUCCCAAAUUAAUUUUGAUAACCUCAAAGUAAUUGGGCAAGGAGGAUUUGCAAUUGUUUAUUUUGUCGAACUCAAGGCGUAA